AUGGUAUAUCGAAAGCUCUGCAAGGAGGCUAGAGUCAACUUCUACAAGGAAAGGAUUUCCGCUGCCACGUCCUCGGCAGAGUGGGGGAGGAUACUGAGGUGGCGCAAAGAUGCCCUUGACGACAGACCAACGGUUAUUAUCGUCGACUGUAGGGUAGUGUCGGACACGGAGCAGGUAGCAGCGCUGGCGGCCUAUUACCCCUUGUCGACCUUCAGCAAGGGAGUGGAGAGGCUCCUGGCCCCCCGGAUGACUGUGGCGGCGCUGUGCUCGAGUUUGCUUUCCCCAGACGUGGCCGGAGCCAUCCCGUCCAGACCGGCACUGGACCUCGUCCAGUUGCUCGUCCACCAUGCGGAGACCAUGGCAAGACAAGGCUACCACGGGCUCCUCGUCACCCGAGGGCUUAGCCUCAGGGUCGACCCGAACAAGACAGAGGUCCCCUAUAUCCCCCCCCCCCCCCGCCGGCAUCGGAGCGAGGCGUGGCAGGAUCGACCCCACAACAAUUUCGACCCAGGUGGAGAGGACGUCCUUCCUCCCCUGAUAAGUCCCCUCGAGGGCGGCGGCAACAGCAUCGGUGGUGGGGUUGAUCAAGCGCUUAUCCAACACGAGGCUUCGGGGCUUUCCCCCUCGGCCGGCCCCAAGAUCUUCGACACGGUUGUCAUCCCUUCCCUCCUGUAUGGCAUGGUCCAACUCGAUACCGGCCCAACUAGGGCCGCGGUUAACAGCCGCUUAGUCCCAUUUAGACUUACGCCGGUGUGGUCGUCCCUCACCAAGGUCGCGAACGCGGCACUCAGAUGA